CUUCGCCCUCAUUGUCUGGCUCAUGACCGUCUCAGGCUUUGGGUCCCCUCCACUGCACGUUCUCGCCUUGAUCGUCUAGGUCUCCCCGUCCCUGUGUCAGAUGACAAUCUUGAUCGCAUUCUGGCUGUCGUCUCACAUGCGCACGCGGCGGGGACGAGGGAGACUUAUGGGUCGGGACUUCUCGUCUAUCAUGUCUUCUGUGAUGAGCGGGGGAUCACGGAGGAUCAGAGGUGUCCUGCCCCUCCCCUUCUACUACUUGCUUUCAUUUCCGCGUGUGCGGGAGUUUAUGCUGGUACCACGCUGGAGAAUUAUUUCUAUGCGGUCAGGGCCUGGCAUUUAGUUCAUGGGAUGCCUUGGUCUGGCAAUCAAGCUGAACACUCACUUGCACUGACCGGUGCAGCACGCCUGGCUCCACCCACCUCCAAACGUCCAAAACGUGCACCAUUCACGAUUCAACUCAUCUCGGCCUUGCACUCGGUCAUGGACCUCUCACAACCACUAGCAGCAGCUGUGUUUGCGUGCCUUACGACUUCGUUCUUCACUCUGGCUCGCACCGGCGAAUUUACGGUCCCAUCUCUCACUAGCUUCGACCCUCACGUUCACGUCAAGAUUAGUGACAUCCGUCGCAAUGAAGAUCGCAACGGCUUCAAAGUCGUGGUUUUUGGACUACCACGCACCAAAACCUCGCCGACGGGUGAGGACGUCUACUGGGCAGCACAGUCUGGUGUUGCUGACCCGCAGGCAGCCUUACAGAAUCACCUAACGAUCAACAACCCCCCUGUAUCUGCGGCGCUUUUCAGUUGGCGCCAUCGAGGGGGAUUGUGGCCUCUCACUCGUUCGCAGUUUCUCAAGUGUUUGCAGACUGCAGGCGAUCGUCUUGGGGUUGGCGUGCUCAAAGGGCAUGGCAUACGGAUUGGUGGUACAUUGGAAUAUCUCCUUCGUGGGGUGCCUUUCGACACUGUCAAGGUGAUGGGACGCUGGAGUAGU